AUGAAGAAUAGCUGCCCCACCCUGGUGCCUGAUCUACCUGCACCUACAUCGCUGGAACUGCCUGUGUCUGCUUCGAGUUCGGCUCCUUUCCCUUUCUCAGGAUCUAACGGGGCUCUGCCUGCUGUGGGAGGGUACCGGAUGCGUAUCGGCUCCAGUACAGAUAAGAAGGACUCAGGGAGGAUGCACGUGGACUUUGCUCAGGCCAGAGACGACCUGUAUGAGUGGGAAUGUCAACAGAGGCUGCUGGCCAGGGAGGAACGACACCGACGCAAGAUCCACGAAGACUUCCUCCGUCCACCCUCGCCACCUCCCAUCAUGCAUUUCUCCGAGCAUGAGGCGGGACAGCUGGCGGAGAGAUUGAAAGAUGACCAUACGUUCAGUGAGGCGACUGCGGUCCUGUUCACGUGGAUCGACCGUGGUGAGGUCAACCGGCGGUCGGCCAAUAACUUCUAUUCUAUGAUCCAGUCGGCCAAUAGCCACGUCCGGAGGCUGAUGAGUGAGAAGGCCCAGCACGAGGAGGAGAUGGAGCUAGCCAAGGAGACGUUUAAAAAUGCCCUGCUGGCCAUAUUGACUCAGUUCGAGCAGAUCACGGCUGUGUUCACCGCUGCCUCCAGGCAGAAGGCAUGGGACCAUUUCUCUAAAGCGCAGCGCAAGAACAUAGACAUUUGGAGAAAGCAGUGUGAGGAGCUGAGGAAUGCCCACAGUGAGGAGAUCAUGGGGAUUCGCCGGGAGGAGGAGAUGGAGAUGUCUGACGACGACUCGGAUGAGAGCCCCUGUAAGAAGAUACGCAUGGAGGAAAAUGGUGUGUGUGGCCAGUCUGGGGCCUCUCUGAGGGAGGAGAAUGACUCUCUGCGUUGGCAGCUGGACGCCUACAGGAAUGAGGUGGAGCUGCUGAGGAAGGAGCAAGGCAAGGCUUGCCGCCCUUACGACCCUGAACACUUCCCCGACACACACACACACCUGCUGCAGCAGAGCAUGCACAACAUGCAACAGCAACUGCUGAGUCUGCAGGAGCAGCUGAGGAGUAAGGAGGUGGUGCUGGAGCAGGCUAGAGACGAGCACAGAUACCUGCAGGGAGAAGUCCUAGCCCUGAGAGACAAGAUGCUGACUAAUGGAGAUGUAGUGGAGGGGAACAACGGAGAAACACCUGAGAAGGUAGUGAACGGGUGUGCGACCACUCUGUACCGCAGCAGAGACAGGAGGAGUGAAGCAGCCAUGAGAGGAGCCCUCACAUCAGAGAGAGAGGCUCUGCUACUGGGCAUCAUAUCUACCUUCCUCCAUGUCCACCCGUUUGGAGCCAACAUCGACUAUCUGUGGUCCUACAUCCAGAGACUGGACACUACGGUGUCAGCGGGGGAGUUGGAGUCUCUGAUGAGUCGUCUGCCCAGUGUCUUCAGACAGGAGCUGAGUGGAGUGGGAGCCACGCUGGAGAAACGAUGGAAGUUCUGUGGCUUCCAGAGCCUCAGCUCCGUGUGACACAGGGAGCCACUCACACACACACACUGUAUGGAACAGGACACACACACAUCGGAUGACCCAGGACACACACACGGCCUGAAAGACCACAUGUGGGACAGAAACAUACACACUUCCUGACCAGCCUCAAAACCUGGUGGACACAUGAAUAGAAGGCGUGUCAAAUCCACAGACUGUUCGAAUGGUGUGUGUGUAUGUUGCGUAUCCACAGACAUCAACAGUGCAUAGUGAUAAUACUCAAACACAAACAGACACAGGACAAGAACAAAAGCUACAAGAUCCCCUGACGGAUCUUUCAGAGUUAUAUCUUUGCAAGGGAUCUGCUGACACUGAGGUAGAGGAAUCCACAUGGAUCUCUACUUGAUGCUGUAUAACUAAAUCCACUGAUGUCAGCCAAAGUGGUCACAGAGCAGACCUUCUCUAUGGUAACGUAGUGACCCGACCCCAGCCAACAGAACAGAAGGUUCUUAGUCCUAACGUAUCUCUCGAAUGGACUGGAAUGGUUUGAGAUGCCUCUCUCUGUUCCCUCUCUCUGAUUUCAGACUCUCUCUCUGUAUCCUCUCUCUCUGUAUCCUCUCUCUCUCUCUGUUCCCUAU